AUGAUUGUGCCGACUUCCUCUCGUCUCAAUUUUACUGUAAGGAGGCACCAACCAGAGCUUGUGGCUCCAGCAAAGCCUACUCCUCGUGAGUUAAAGCUACUGUCUGACUUGGACGACCAAGACAGUUUACGUGCCCAUGUUCCACUGGUACAUUUCUACCGUCACGAGGCUUCAAUGGUGGGGAAGGACCCCGUCAAAGUCAUCAGAGACGCAUUAGCUCAGACACUGGUAUUUUACUACCCCUUUGCAGGUAGGCUCAGGGAAGGUGUUGGCCGCAAACUCUUAGUCGAGUGUAAUGGAAAAGGCGUUCUUUUUAUUGAAGCUGAUGCAGAUGUAACCCUUGCUCAGUUUGGUGACAAUCUUAAACCUCCGUUUCCAUGCUUCAAUGACCUCCUUUACAAUGUUCCUCGUUCUGAAGGAAUCCUUUAUUGUCCCCUCUUACUUAUACAGGUAACACGUCUCAGGUGUGGAGGUUUUGUAUUCGCUGUUCGCAUGAAUCACACCGUGACCGACGGACCUGGUAUUUUCAAGUUCAUGAAUGCUCUGGCUGAAAUAGCUAACGGGGCAAGUGAACCCUCCGUUCUUCCUGUCUGGCACAGAGAGAUCCUGAGUGCAAGGAACCCUCCGCGUGUUACUUGCACCCAUCAUGAGUUCGAGGAAGUGGCUGGCGCCACCAUUCCCUUAACAGACAUAGCCCAUCAAUCUUUCUUCUUUGGGCCAACUGAGAUAUCUGCCAUUCGACGUCUCAUUCCUCGUCACCUUAGGCAAUCUACAACAUUUGAGGUCCUCACAGCUUGUCUCUGGAGUUGCCGCACUAAGGCUCUGCAGCUAGAUCCAGACGAUGAUGUUCGCGCGUUGCUCAUCGUAAAUGCACGUUAUGGCCGAGGUAGGUUUAACCCUCCAAUACCUACUGGUUAUUAUGGUAAUGCCUUUGUGUAUCCAGCUGCAGUUACCACUGCGGGGAAACUUUGUGAGAGUCCAUUGGGAUAUGCCUUGGAGUUAGUGAAAAAAGCCAAGGCUGAAGUGAAUGAAGAGUAUGUGCACUCCAUGGCUGAUCUUUUGGUGACUAGAGGACGACCUUGUUUUACAUCAGAGAGAUCGUGGAUGAUAUCAGACUUGUCGCGUGUUGGCUUUAGAAAUGUUAAUUUUGGGUGGGGCAAGGCUGUGUAUGCUGGUCUGGCUGAGGCUGGCCUUGGGCCACUUCCUGGAGUGAGUUUCUCUGUUGGAUCUACCAAUAAUAAAGGAGAGGAUGGCAGAGUUGUGCUUAUGUGCUUGCCACCCAAGGCUAUGAACAGGUUUGCCAGAGAGUUGGACAACGUGCUUGGCAGUUAUAAGAACAGUAGUCAAGAUCCCAGCAUCAUCAUGUCUCACUUGUAG